AUGCGACGCGAGAGUCCGAAUUUCUCUGAGACGCGUCAGCAUGACGAGGUGUCAUUUGAGAGAGCAGCAGCAGUGCGCUGGGGGGCGUGGGGCGUGGGGCGGCAGCAGCGGCGGUCACUGCUGUGGCAGUGGUUCCGCGAUGCUCCUGAUGGACUCGUCUCGUCCUCCGUUGACCUACUCACUCGGGUCAACGCAGUCAACGAUCUCAAUGCAGCGAACCGAGUCGCUCCAGUCAACGACUCGUUGGCAGCCGUGCAAUGCGGCUCGAUAGCUGCAGGAUCGGGUUCGAACUCGGCCUGUUGCCUUGCAACCAGGGCCGAGCAACGGACGGCCACUCAAACAGAGAUGCAGGUGGGGAAGGUGCAAGCGGGGGAGGGGGAGAUAGGGAACGUGCAAGUGGGGGAGGUGUUGGGGCGGCCAGUGGAGGACAUUCGGCGGGAGUGGCUUCUGCUGAGGAAAGAGAUAGGCAGGGGGCAGUACGGCGUGAUUCGGAGAUGCGUGCACCGCAGCACCGGGGAACACGCUGCGUGCAAGAGCAUCCGAAAGUCCGCCAUUCAGAGUGCUGCUGACGUGGAGGCAGUGCGGAAUGAGGUGGCAUUCAUGGAGGAACUCGAGGGCCAUCCCAAUAUCAUUCAGAUCAAGCAGGCUGCCGAGACGAACAAGCACGUGCACGUGGUGAUGGAACUCUGUGAGGGGGGAGACCUGUUUGACCACAUUGACUCGCAAGGAAGGCUCUCGGAACCUUCUGCAGCGCGCAUCUUCCGAUCGCUCAUGCUGGCCUUGCAGCACUGCCACUCGCACGCCAUCGUGCACCGCGACAUCAAACCCGAAAACGUUCUUGUAUCGGACACCACGGCUUAUAUCGAGGAUGUCCCAGGAGCUCUGUUCACCAUGUGCCCGGAAUCGCCUGAAAGCGUAAAAUUGAUUGAUUUUGGAGUUGCUGCCAGAAUGGUUCCCGGUGUUCCUCUUUCUGAGGAGGUGGGGACCGCGGAAUACAUGGCCCCCGAGGUGUUUUCAGGGGCGUACGGCCGGGAGUGCGAUGUGUGGAGCGCCGGUGUCACGCUCUUCAUUAUGCUCUGCGGCCAGACUCCUUACCUACGUGAUAGACCUGUCAACUCUAGCAGCAGCAGCAGCAGCAGAAAGGGCAGCAGGGGCAGCAGCAGUGGGGAGGAGGGAGCGGAAGCUGAAGAGGGUGUGUGGCGGAGGGUGGUGGAGGCGAAGAGGAGGGGGUUCAGCCACAGCCGGAGGUGGCAGGAGCUGUCGUCACCAGCCAAGCAUCUCAUCAUUCACAUGCUCUCUGCUGAACCCACCACCCGAAUCACCGUGGACGACAUUCUUGGGUUGGAACCGCCGGGGCCGGUAGCGGCGCUGAGUGUGUCAAUGUGGCCCUUUGAUGAGUCAGCGCCCUCGAUCGACCCCCUUCCGCCGCAUUCCCUCCUUCCACCCAACGCAUCAGCUACUACCUCCGAUCGCGCGUCCGACUGUGUCGGCGCUUACUGCGGCGGCGUCACCACAUCACAUCUAGCAGGUCGAUUCACCACAAUCGACGGAGAACCCACAUUUCCCCCCGGGGCCUUCAUUGACGGAGGGGCUGCUAACGGUACCGCGGAUGACGUGGCGAUUGAGGAUUGGUUCUGCGAAGUAGCGGCGUUAGGAGUUGGAAAGGCACCAAGGUUGGUGGGGCAGAAGCAGCGGCAGCGGCUGAUGCGGGAGUGGUUUGAUGAUGCUCCUCAUAAGCUCGUUUCGCCCGCAUUCCCUCAAGUCAACCGAACGAGCCUCGUUGGCUGA